GCAACGAAUUCAUUAGCAAUCGAAAAAUUUAAAAGCCAUUGCUAAAAUAUUGGAAAACAACAAUAUUUACUCCGAACUAAUGCAGUUGUUCUACUUUAGCUUUUUACUGACUUUUCUAGUGAGUUCUUCGAAUGGAAUCAAAUAUCGUCUGAUGCAAAGGAGCGGGGUGAAGCCUUUGCUGACUUCAUUUGAAGUGAAAAAGUGCCCCGUUGUUAAGACCUUGAAAAAUGUAAACAAAAUAAAAUUAUUGGGAGUCUGGUUUGCCUAUGCCACAACCCCUCUGGACAUGCCCGUUUUUCAGCGUCGCUGUGCCUCUUACAAUGUUCAAAAUACUCCAUAUUUUGAUACCAAUAUCCUGUUUACGGACUACACACAUAUUCUUAUUACCUAUUCCUGCACUUAUAAUGCGAUGACCAAGCUAAAUAAUGUUAAAUUACGCUUGCUAACCCGAACCCGAACUCCUUUGGUGGACCACUUAAACAAAGGUCUCUUUUACCUAGAAUCGAUUGCAUUUCCCAUUGAAAAACUUGACUUCCUCAAGACGGAGGCCUUCUGCUUCGAGUGGUACCUGUUGAAAUACCAUCUAAAAAAUAGACCUGGUCGUUACAAUGCACCCAUCAAUCGUGUUUGGGACCAUUGAUUAGGUUGACAAUGACAGCAUGGAGUAAUUGCAUAACUAUCGCUAAUUAUUACAAUAUAAUCAAUGACUGGAGGAGCUGUGUGAGAGGAAAUCGUAUAACUUAAUUAGCUUGGGCUGGCCCAAACCAAAAUCAAUUACCAACGACAGUUUCACUGGACUGAUUGGACUGCGGUCCUUCAAGGGAACGAUUCGUGAUGAUUCCCGUGUCCUUGUUCCCGAAACACAAGUGCAUAUAUAGAUAUUAGCACUGAAAGAAAUAAGAAUAAGACUUUUAAAUUUUG